GGCGUCUUUACGCGCACGGAGUUCACCGAGAGCGCAGAGCCACUGGACUGAUUUCAUAUUGCUUUGUCCGCUUUACGUUUUCUUUUUAGCAAUAUCUUUUUGAAGACUGAUGAAGAAACUCAUAUUAAUGCAGUUCUCUUAAGAGAAACGAUUGUUGAUUUUGUGGUGAUGGGUCUGAGGAGACGUUGGGUUAAGAACAUCAGGUAACUCCUGCACCAUGGACGUCCGUCUGCACUCCAAGCCCCAGCGCCACUACGCAGUCAACGGAGGAGUCCGUCAAACCUCCAGGCCAGGGGACGACGAGCUGCAGAGUCUGAGCCGGGAUGUGCUGGAGUGCAUCCAGUUCUUUGAUGAGACCAUUGUGUCAUUGGAGGAGAGUCUGCAGGAGGACGAGCGAAGCGCUGGGCAGGUGAAAGCGCCUGCGAGUAGCCACGGUCCCGUUGAUAGGGUGGGCGGACCCCUAGCUUUCAGUCACAGCCAUAAGUCCUCCGUUCUGGCCAGUCAUCCCAGUGCAAAAGAUCAGGAUAUUAUAGACCUGGUGCACCCAGAACCAGACCUGGUGCAACAGCCAAUCUUCAGCCCCACCUCUCCAGCGUUUCCCAGAAUAACGUCAGGGCCCGACAGCCACUUUGAGGUGAAGCCGCGGCGCGACCGCGUGGACGGCCUGCCCUCGGAGUACAACCCUCCGGUGCGAAGCGGCAGCUAUGGGCCGGCAGACGGCUUGUCCCCGUACCACCCCCCGGGCUGCAUCCCCACCCCGGCCCUGAUAGCCCAGAACAUAGCUGUGAACAAACCCGCCGCGCCCGCCCACCUCCUGGCCUCAUCGCUGCUUCGCCGCCAGAGCAUGGAAUCGGACAAGCACCACGGCGCCCCCGCCUCCGCCUCCGCCAAGCUGGCCCACCUGCCCCCUAACAUCAGCGUGGUCCACACCAACAAGGAUCAGCACGGCCCGGCGAGCGUGAACGUCCACGACAGGCAGGCCCAGAUGCUGGCCAACCUGGCGGGAACGCCGCACGUCCUGGCGCAGGAGAACGCCCAGCACGCCGCUCCCGCUCGCAGCAUCUCCCUAAAGGACCCGGCGCCGGACGUGUCCAGGAUGGAGGCGCUGUCCAAGCUGGGCCUGGACAGGAGCCGGUCCUUGUCUGGGGGCACGCCGGCUCACGCUGGCAGCGCCGCUCUGGACCCCCUUCCAACGAGCGCCGGCACCAAAGCCCGCGUCAGCAGAACCCCUCAGAGCCGGGCUCAGGCUGAAAGGGGACCAGAGAUGCCGCGAACGGCUUCCCCCGGCAGCCAUGACAACAGAACCCCCCAGCCGAGCGCGGCACCCGUCAGCCCCACGCUGGAGUUUAACAGCUAUGGGGGGAAGUCGGUCUUCGUCCAUCCUUCUGUUUACUCUGCGAGCGACUCUGCAACCUCUCCGACCAGCCCCGGCCCCGUAGCCCCCCCCCAGAGCCCGCCCAACGCCGUCGAGUUAAACACCUACGGAGGGAAGUCCAAAUUCAUGACCCCCGGGUCUGGAGCCGUGGCCAGAAACAACCUUCCAGACAUUCUCAGCUCCCACAUUGAUAAGAGUCAAACGUCUCCGGUCAGAUCGGAGCCUCCACCCAUCGAGCUCAACCCCUACGGGGGAAAGAGCCGGACCUUCAACUCUCCACCCGGCGCCAACCGCCCCUCGGAGGGCGCGACGAAGAGCUUCAAAGCUCCAGCCCCGACCCCGGCGCCCAAACCUCAACGGCACACCAUCCACAUGGGGGCCGCGAAGCCAGCGCCGCGGGCCCAGUCCCCGGAGCACCGGCGCAAGCCGGCAUCCAUGUUCCGCCCCCAGGGCAUCACGGUGCAGUUCUCUGGACGCGGGCCAAUGAACGACUCACGCAGGGAGGCGCUGAGGAAACUGGGGCUGCUGAAAGAUUCCUGAGGAACCGGCGGCGCCGCCAGCCUCGGUCCCGGGCGUGUUCCUGCUCCUGGAGGUGGAAUGUCAGGCAUCUGGGCAGAGAUGAGCUGGUACCAGGACCUGCACAGCAAGUCUCAUGCUGUGACACUGGUGUCAUAAAAGCUGAAACACUUUUGACACUGAGAUAAACGUUUAAUAUUGACUGUGAUUCAGGACACUGCACAGUGUUUAACUUCCUAUUUAGUUUUUUGUAUCAUACAGGGGAUGAGUGUCACUUAUACUAAAGUACAUAUAUAAGAGACAAUAAUAAGGGUCAGAAUCAACUCAGCCAAACUGAACAAGCUAAGCGUGUCAGCAAACAUACCCUGAACUCGCCUCACACUGAGAAAGGAGCUCCGUUUGUUUACAUGCAGAUGAACUUGUUACUUGCUUCAUGCUGUCACUCUCCUUCUGUGAACUCAACGUUCGCGCGCCGGCUGUGAAGACUUCAUCACCUUUGGGAGGACUGUUUUUUUGUUUUGUUUUUUUUGAUCAGUUUUCUUCCUGACUUUGGGCGAUCAGAGCUGAAGUGUGAUGGUUCUAGAGGCCCGUGAGGCACAUUCUGACUCAAGUGGACAAUAGAAGCUCACUCAGUGCCUUUUUACUGUUUCUAUUCCAUGUGAUGCCUUAGAAUCGCUGAGGAGCAGAAGCUACAGUGAAAGAGUUGUUGCUUUAGACGAUGUAAAGCGGAGCUGAAGGAUAUUUUUGCUCCACGGACAAACCUCCCACAGCAAACCACAAGCUGUGGAAUGGGCCCGUGGGCAGGACCUUCACUUUUUCAUGCAGAGGGAACGGUUACUUUAGGGACAGGCGAGCGCAUGGUACUGCACAAAACAAGCAAUCCACAAAUACAUCCACCCACUUGUGUGUUUUCACUCCUGUCAGUGUGUUAUUGGCCUGUUGCAGCAGCAUCAGUGUGUGUGUAUGUGUGUGUGUGUGUGUGUCUCAUCCAGACUCUGGCCUCUGUAGUUCAGCUACAGUCACUUCUGAAGGAUAUUUCAUUUGACACAGUUCUGCUUCUGUGUAAAUGUUAUCGUGUGUUGGUAUGUUUUUUUUACAGACUCCGGUUCUCUGUAGUUCAGCUACAGAAAUUUUGAAGUAUGUGAUGGUGCAUGUAUACAGCCAAUAACUACACUGUGUAAUGUACAGGACAGAACACAUUAAGUGGGAAAUGUAGUGACCAUCGGGCUCAUAUCACUUCUAAAGUCUGCCUCAUGUAGUUGAAGCUGAAUAUGUUUAUAAUCAUUAAAUAAAUAACCUCA